AACAGAAGAUGGAAAAGACCGUAUAAUGUGAAAGUGGAAAGACUAUUUUUGUCAGUGGUGAUGCAACUGUUUCCCUCACAGAGUCACAAAGCUGGAAUGGUUCUUGCUGUACACCACUUGUGUACAUUGUACUUUGACCAGUGUCACAGCAGAUUGUGUGUGUGAUGUGUUUCUGUCAGUCAGUCAAGAUUACACCUCACUGUCCUGCGGGUACAUCAGCUGCCAGCGCCCGUUGCUUUAGACUCAUUCCACAUCUGGAUUCUGCUUUGGAGGACCUCCGCUGCCACCAUGUCGACGUGUGUACAGGUAGAGCCAGUCAUGGAGACGAGGUAUGGAGGAGUUGGCCGCUGCAAGUGCUCGUUCUGGUUCGCAGUGGCCCACGACAUACUCGGUGUCUUCAUCAUGCUGGUGGGGGUGUUUGGAGGGCUGGUUAUCCACGAUUUGUUCAUCUACGCUGGGGCCAUCGUCAUCUUCUUCAGCCUGAUCUGGUGGGUGUUCUGGUACUCCGGGAACAUCGACGUGCCACCGGAGGAGCUGGAGGACGACGUGGGCCUGAAGAGCCGUGGGCUCAGACGGGUUGUGAGGCGUAUGUCCAGCCGUCUGUCUGGCGGGAUCAGGAACCCUUUCAAAAAGAACGGCAGGUCCGUCAGAGAGAGCAACAACAGACCUCCACACACUGGAACAGAUGUGUCGCUCUCCACUAUAUAUGACAGCGCCAUGGCCUCCUCAUCCAAAGAACUUGUGUGAGAGACAGUGUCAACACGAACUAAUCCAUGACAGACUGCAAAUGAGAGCAAGAGACACUGAACUUGCAGCUUUUUAUUUGUUUCUUUUGCUCGUCUGUUUAUUCUGUUGAAAGGAAUUCCGUGUUUACUCUGCUAACAUGCACUAGUAAUGAUUAGACAACAUUGAAGUCUUGUCUAGAUAAGAUCCACAUGUUCCUAACCUAGCUGAUAAGAGGUAAACUUUGCACACUAUAACACAGUGAUACAAAUGACACUGAUUUAGAGACCAGAACUUUCUAAUCUGUCACUGUUUUUGUUAUCAGUCAUGUUUGCUUGAUUCACAGACUUUGAAUAGAGGGAAAAUUGUUACUUAUUUAUUUUAUGUAUAAAGGUACACUUAGAAUUCAUGAUCUCUAUUGUAUCCUCUGUCUAACAGAUAAAGUACAGUACAGUUUCAAAAAUUCAGCUGUCUCUAACUUCCCUUCAAAAGCUCCUGGAGGUUUCAUGUCUCACAUUGUGAUAAUGCAUUUGGAACGUAUUUGGAAAUUGGACUAUAAUUGGCUUUCACAAAAUUUGGGAUGUCACUUGUGCUGGAAGAUGCACUUUCCAAACCGAGAAAAACGAAUAAAUCCUCCUCUUCUGCAAAGGAGUGUGAAAACAGUCUUUCAGUGACAAUGUGUGCACACACACCAAUCUGUAUCCAAGAGAAGAAAGCUGAAGAAAAACGCGGAUUUGAUGAGAACACUCCUACAGCUUAGUAAGGACGUAUACAUGAGAUGCUUGUGUUCAGAUCGAUAGUGACACCACCCCUUAAGCAACAUUUGACUAGCCACCAGAAAAAGCUGCGAAACGGGGCAUUUUCACCCUCAUACAGAAUUAACAC